CUGUCAACGUCCGUCCGGCCAUCCGCCCCGAGUGCGACAGCUUCCUCUUGUUUUUGCGGAAUCCGCCCUCGAAGUUGCAUUGCCACAGCCUCGAUAUCAGCUGCGCGGUGCUUGCUAUCGCUCACGUCAGUUGACCGGCAGACAUGCGUCUGGAACCCUGCCAGCGCGUUGCUCUGUAAAGGCGUUUUUCAGUGGCGUUUUGAACUGUCUACGUACGGCAGAGAAGCUGCUACAUUUGCUAGUCGUUCCACUCACUACGUUGCUACGGAGGAUUCGACUUCGCAUUACAGAUAUCUGCAAUGGGCAUGGACGUGCAGUACAGGGACCUCCCGGGAGGAACGCUCACGCUGAGGUUCGCGGACGAGCUACCCCGCCGCUUGAUGUGUGGCACGUGCGGCAUGCUUUCAAUGCAAAUGUUCGAGGACAAGCAAGGGCACGCCUUUUGCAUCGUGUGCGUCUACCAGAAGAGCCAGGUGGCGACAAUAUUUUGCCAGUACGAGAACAAGGACGUGGCCCUGGAUGAGCUGGUUGAAUCGUUUGACAUCGUUCAAGUAAUAAAGGACCAGGUUGUUUAUUGCCCCAAUGAACAGAAAGGUUGCCGUGCUUAUUCCCCUCUGUGCGAAAUAGAGGAUCACUAUCUUCAAUGUGAGAUGACGGAAAUUGAAUGCGUGCAAUGCCAGCAACGAAUCUCAGGGCGUCACUGGAAAAGUCACUCGAGGAACUGUCCUCGAAAGAUAGUGCAGUGUCGCUUUUGCGCCACAGCUUUCCCACAGAUUGAUAUUCAGACGCACCAGGCCCUGUGUCCCGAGAACCCCGACUGCAUUACGUCAUCGUCCGUGCAGCAGUCGUACAGGAGCAAUGCCUCGGCAUCGCCCCUUUCUGCAGAGAGAGGAAAUCGAUCAGAACACGUUUCCACUUCUAAUGCAGAACUUCACGAGCAGUGCGAUAUCACUAGUGAAGUGGACGAUGCUGGAAGACAGUUCGGGAGCCUAAACAUUACGCACCUUCACAAGCAUGCACUCACCUUCCUCGGCAUAGUUGGCAACUUUCCUCUCAUCAAUUUUCUGCGUCGAAAUGCCUUCACCCGCAAUUUUGGCCUUCCGCUAUUCGCGAUUGUCUGCAUUUCUCUUCUUCUCAGGCGGAGAAGGAAUCAAUAACAUCAUGGCAGAAAAACUCGAAGCCUUCAUUUGGCUAACGAACUUUUCUGCAGUGUGUUCCUGUUUAAUAAACAAUUUCUGUUUCUGUUUCCUUGUUUGUUGUUUGCCAUAAAUAACAUUCGUCACUCUUAAUUACCGAUGAUGCUCAUAUACUGUAUAUAAUAGAACAAUCAAAACAAGGGUGUAUAACCAGGAGACGGUUCUUUGCAUUAGUCACACUACAGCUUGUCACCAGCCACUGUGGUCUAGUGGUUAUGUUCAUCGACUGCUGACCCGGUUAUGUUCAUCGACUGCUGGUCGCGGGAUCGGAUCACUGGCACGGCGGCCGUAUUUCGAUCGAGGCGAAAUGCUAGAGGCCCGUGUUCUUAGAUUUAGGUGCACGUUAAAGAAAACCAGGUGGUCAAAAUUGCCGGAGCCUUCCACUGCGGCGCGCCUCGUAAUCAUAUCGCGGUUUUGUGACGUAAAACCCCCAACAAUUAUUAUUACCUCAGUCUGUGUUUUUGAAAACGAGCUGAAGGUCUUUGAGUUGUCACUGUGAUUACAUUUUGCCGUUACUGACGCACGCACGCGCAAACUGUUGUGUUCCCCUGGCAUCAUAUU